AUGCCCGCACGAUACAUCCGACAUUCUAUGGAACCCCCGACAGACCUGGAUGCGGUUGGAGGAAAACUGGUCGAGGCGUUGGAAAGAUAUCUCAAGAUCGUGCGGGACAACCUGGCAUACAUUCAUGGUGACUCCGUAUAUACUGGUAUCCCAGGUAUAAUUGUCAUGCUUCAGAUCGUUUCUUCCGUUCAAUCAAACCUAAAGUUGGCUUAUCGUUUCGAUGCGGAUCUUCCUGACCUCUUGUCCUUGGAGAAACUGCAACGCUACGAUCCCAACGAUCCCGCAAAGUUGUCCUUCCUAGAAACUCCGAUCGGCCUUGCUGUUCUAGCCGCCCUGAAUACUGAGGCCGGACAUUCAUCGUUCUGCACGGACAAGCUUCGAGACGCUAUCGAUUCAAUCGCAAAACACGUGGACAAUUCUGACGAUGGGUCUGAAGUCCUUUACGGUCGUGCUGGAUUCCUGUACGGUUUGCUUUUCCUAAGAAGUUUGAUCAGUCGUCGAGCCUCGACAGGGACGAGCAAGUCAGCUGAAGAAGGAACGACUGCGCUCGAAAAGCUCGUUUCAGACAGCUCCCUUUCUAUUGUCAUCCAGUCCAUCAUCCAAAGAGGGAGAGUAGGAGCAGAGUUGUAUGCCUCGGAGACUUCCAGUGUUCGUGGACCUUCGGGCUGUGUACCUCCGCUUAUGUGGUCAUGGCAUGGUAAACGCUACCUUGGAGCCGCUCAUGGUGUAGUCGGCAUUCUUCACACUUUGCUCCUGUGUCCUAUCGGUUUGAUUGAGAGAUACCUACCUGAAAUCAUCCAAACCGCUGAAUGGUUGAUUUCUCUUCAGGAUGGAGAGGGCAAUUGGCCAACUAAAGCGCCUAGUCGUUCGAUCGGCCAGCAUAGAAACGAAGAUUCCAAUGAUUUAGUCCAGUGGUGUCAUGGAGCUCCCGGAACCCUGAUUUUACUAGCAAAAAUCCUUCAGCUAUCUGAUUCAGAGCCCCUGAAAUUCAAUAUCUCCCCGAGUACCCAUUCGAGCAUCAUCGUUUCCCUGCGCGGCGGUGCUUCCAUCGUUUACCGCCACGGUCUUCUCCGGAAGGGUAUCGGUCUUUGCCAUGGAAUCGCAGGGUCAGUGUACUCCCUUCUCGCGGUUACGGAUGCUAUGGCUCUCGUUGACGAUGAUGGGAAUAAACGGGAUUCUCGGUAUUAUUUCAUUCGAGCCGCUCACCUGGCAGAACUUGCCACUACCUUUGAAACUCUCACAAAGGAAAGGGAAAUGAAGGUACCGGACAGACCAUUGAGCUUGUUUGGGGGGUUAGCUGGGAUGUGUUGUGCUUGGGGUGAAGUUUGCGACAGAAUUCGAAGAGCUUCCAACAGAGUGGAAAACUGGUACCGACCUCGGAGCGGAAUGCCAGGUUAUGACGACCUUUGA